UUUUCCCGACCUGAUCCCGCCAUAGUUUUUCCCACUCUUCCACCAUAGACCCAUCACCAAAUCCACCCAGUCCAACCCACCUCCUCACUGAGCGUUAGAGAGCUCAUAGGCUGCUGCUUUAUCCGUCUGCCGGCCGGCUGCAAGUCUUCUCCUGCUCCACUUAUUCUACUGGAUUUACGAUCCCAUCUGUUUCUACACUUUUCAAACCCUUUUUUUCAUUUUACUUUUCUGUGGAGUAUUGACACCUGUUUCGAUUUGUAUUCUUUUAGAUUUUUAUACAUUUUUUUUAGAUAGUCUUGCCCUCUAGAGUGAUUUCCACUUUCCGUUAGUGUGACAAGUGUGACAAUAUCUUGUUGCGCUAAUCGCAAAUUCAGCACAGAAACUUUUUUUGCUGGCUCCGAUUCUGGUCAUUGCGGGAUUUGUUUUUUUUUCGUUUCUGGACUUGGAAAAACAAUUUCCACCAUGCACAAGCUAUAUAUUGGGAAUCUAGGCGACAACGUGACUGCCGAGGACUUAGGGAAAACCUUUGACGACCACAAGAUCCCAUACUCCGGACAGUUUCUAAUGAAAACCGGCUACGCGUUUGUGGAUUGUCCGGACGAUCAAUGGGCCAUGAAGGCUAUCGAGACGUUUUCUGGUAAAGUGGAACUUCAUGGGAAACGUAUUGAGGUGGAGCACUCCGUCCCCAAGAAGCAAAGGACCAGGAAACUGCAGAUCAGAAACAUACCACCUCACCUGCAAUGGGAGGUGCUGGAUGGUCUGUUGGCUCAAUUUGGAACUGUAGAAAACUGUGAACAAGUGAACACGGACAGUGAGACUGCAGUGGUUAAUGUCACAUAUUUGUCCCGGGAGCACGCCAGGCUAGCCAUUCAGAAGCUGAAUGGACACCCGUAUGAGAACAACAUCCUGUACGCCUCCUACAUCGCCGAGGAGAACUGUGAGGAGGGAGGCCAGCGGGGGCCUGAUAACGGCCGACGCGGUUACGGGCCCCGAGGCGGCCCUCGUGGUGGGUCCCCGAGCUCCGGGAUGCCCCCCAAACCUCCGCACGCCGACAUCCCCCUGAGGCUGCUGGUGCCCACGCAGUAUGUCGGAGCCAUCAUCGGUAAGGAGGGAGCCACCAUCCGCAACAUCACCAAGCAGACGCAGAGCAAGAUUGACGUGCACCGCAAGGAGAAUGCAGGUGCUGCUGAGAAGCCCAUCAGCAUCCACUCGACCCCUGAGGGCUGCUCAGCGGCCUGCCGCAUGAUCCUGGACAUCAUGCACCAGGAGGCUAAAGACACCAAGACUGCUGAUGAGGUUCCUCUAAAGAUUCUGGCUCACAACAACUUUGUCGGACGCCUGAUCGGGAAAGAGGGACGCAACCUGAAAAAAGUGGAACAGGACACAGACACAAAGAUCACAAUUUCCCCCCUUCAGGACCUGACACUGUACAACCCAGAGAGGACCAUCACAGUCAAAGGCUGUAUUGAAAACUGCUGUAAUGCCGAGGUGGAGGUCAUGAAGAAGGUCAGAGAGGCCUAUGAGAACGACAUUGCUGCUAUGAAUCAACAGACUCACCUGAUCCCUGGACUCAACCUGGGUGCCCUGGGCCUCUUCCCCUCCUCCUCCAAUAUGCCCCCACCCCCACCUGGAAACUCCUCCUCUGGUAGCGCCCCUUAUGGUUGCUUCGGGGCUCCAGAGCAGGAGACGGUCCAUGUGUACAUCCCAGCGCAGGCAGUGGGGGCCAUCAUUGGAAAGAAAGGACAGCACAUUAAACAGCUGAGCCGCUUUGCUGGCGCCUCAAUCAAGAUCGCCCCGGCUGAGACUCCAGAAUCUAAACUGAGGAUGGUGAUCAUUACGGGAGCCCCCGAGGCUCAGUUCAAGGCUCAGGGCAGAAUCUAUGGCAAACUCAAGGAGGAGAACUUCUUUGGACCGAAGGAGGAGGUCAAACUCGAGACUCACAUCAAGAUGGCGGCUGCUGCUGCAGGAAGGGUCAUCGGCAAGGGAGGCAAGACGGUGAAUGAGCUGCAGAACCUGACAGCAGCGGAGGUGGUGGUCCCCAGAGAACAGACACCUGAUGAGAAUGACCAAGUCAUUGUCAAGAUCAAUGGACAUUUCUAUGCCAGCCAGCUGGCUCAGAGGAAGAUCCGGGACAUCCUGACCCAGGUCAAACAGCCACAGAAAGGCGGGAUGGGCAUGGGCUCCGGCUCUAACCCCCAGGGCUUCACAGAGAUGGGCAGCCCUACGCAGGGACUGUCUCAGGAGCACCAGCCACGCAGGAAGUGAGGGUCCCGCACCCUCCUCAAAUGCCGUGGGCCCCCCCCACCUGACAGACAGACUGACAGACACAUGCACGGACGGAUAGACAGACGGACAGACGGAUACAGGAGAGCAACACACGGACCCAGCGAUAGACAGGGAGAGAUAUUAAGAGGGAGGGAGUACGCCCGACAGUGUAGAAAGAUCGGCGUUAAGAGAGAGGAUGAAUCAAAUCAAAAGAUGAAAUGAAUAAAAAAAGAGGAUUAAGAUAAAACAUAACUUGAGAACAGACACCAGAUGCCAGGCCAGAAGAGAGGCUGAUUGAGGAUGGAGGGAUGAAGGAAAGGAGGGAUGGAGAGAGGGAGGGACGGCGUCCUCCUAGUGUGCCUCGUGGGGCUGUAGCCAGCUCGUCUCCUGUUGCAGCUUGGACAGAUCCUGAAUCAGGCAGGUUUAAACAACACGGCCGGCCUCGGGGCGAGGACGGAGCUUUACUGUUGUUGUUUGCACCUGUCCACACGGGGUCACACGUACUGCAGAGACACACCAGCAGGGCUCGUUUGUUCCUCUGUUCAUUCCACAGACCUCUCCCACCAUCUGCCCUCAGUCCUAUAUUUUAACGGUGGUUUUUUUAAACAUAGAGAUAUAUGUAUAGAAAUGUUUUAUUCAGAGCUAUUAUUGAUAGAAUGCAGUGAGGCAGAGCCGGGAGAGGGAGCAGGGAAACUGCUGCAGCGGCACGGGGAGAUAGGUCACGGGUCUGGCAGUCGCCCCACCCACCCCUAACCUCCCAGCCAAUGAAAGUCGAGAAGAGGGGCCGCAGAUGUUAACACCGCUCUUUAAAGACCUCUCCGAAUAGCGGAGAGUUUAGAAGAAAAAAAAGAAAAAAGGAGAAAAUAUGAGGUUGUAAAUAUAUAAUCUUCAUGUAAAUGUUAAGAAAUGCUGUGUCUGGCCGCCUUGCCUUUUUUUAAAGGGGUGUUCUGUAUAUUUCCCAGUCCCUUGUCUAUGAUAUGUAGCAUAAUGUAGCCUACAACGAGGCCGGGGGCUGGGGAGGCACUGAGGCCCUUCCACAUUUAGCUGUGUGGCGGAAGGCGCAGCAAGAGACAGUAAGGGGAGCGGAGGUCGCAGCUAGUCCUGCAGUUCUAUUGCAGUGGCUUAGCUCACAUGUGAAACCUUUAUAAAACAACUUCAUAGAAAUAGCCAGCAGCUAUGCUAGCUGGCUAGCGACCCGCACCUUAAACGGCAUAUUUUAUAUAUAUUAUAUAUAUAUGAUAUGUGAGUUAGCCCGGCCCCUCUGGUGAAUGUAUUGAAGGCAGCGAGUCAGGUGUGAGGUUUUGCUGCACCUAUACAAAAAGUUCUGCAAUGACAGACAGACAAGGUGUGUCUGAGACUUUCUGCUCAUUGCCUUCUUCCAGCGCUCAAUACUCGAGGCCAGUCUUUCUCCUCAGAGCAGAGGAGCUAAGGUCCUCAAGAACAUCCCUGCAUUAAGGUUGUCUUUGAUGAUUUGGAAAAAUAUGGCCUCCAGUGCUUGUACUACUAAAAGAAUGUUAAAGACUGGCCUCAACCAAGCGUGGGAACCAAAAAAAGCAAAGUCUUCCAAAGCUCCUUGCCUUGAGCUCAGAGAAGGUAAAAUCAGACUGAAGGGGGGCAGCUUCCUUGUUCUCUCUCCCAAUCUGCCAAAGGCCUGUAGGCGGAGCCUCCAGACCCUGCCCGCGUAUGAUAAUGAGGGGCGGGGUCUACGCCUGGACGCUCUCGCCAAGAUUAGAACAGAUUAGAGAAGAAAUGAAAAAGAAAAAACCUACCUCAGGGUAAAGUUACCUCAGUAUUCCUAACUUUUUUUUUGCUUGCUGGUGUUUUAUAUAAGAAGAAAAAAAAGAAAGAGCUGAUAGUCCUGAAUAUUUUUUAUUUUUUUAAAGAAAAAAAGUAUUUUUUUUUAGGUAUUGUCUUGUUGCUUUGGUUAAUUUUUUCUGUUUUUUUUGUGUGAUGAUGGUUGAAUGAGCUCUGGAUGAUGAGGAGGCUGUGUGUCUUUUCAAAGCAGACAGAGAUAAACUGCUGGUCUAGAGAGGAAAUGGGUUGAGUGCCAUUUUGCCUUUUUUAGGUGAGGAACAUGCUCUCUGUCUUCCUUAAGUGUGAUUGGAGCAGGCGUUGUCUGUAGAAUUAGCCAAUGGGGAGUGGUGUUAACUGGAGAGGGGGUCCUUAAGAGCACGCGGUGAGCAAAAACACGCUACAGGGCGCUCUUUUUUUUCCUGAGGGAUGAUACCAAUGAUUCUUCCUAAGGUCGCAUUGUGUCUGCUACUCCCGUGGCUGCAGGCCCACCCUCUGCCCUGAAGGACCUCCCUCUCCUGCCUUAUUGUGAUGACACCAUCACAAAGCGCCAAACAUUUUGAGAGGGCUUUAAGUGUUCAAGAAGUUAAGUUUCUCACCCACAAAGGAAGACGUGUGAGAGUGAGUGAUUUUCUUUACCUUCCUCGCCUGCUUUUGGAUCAGAGUAGUGGCGGUCCAUUUAUAGUGAGACUGUACACGGAGGCAGAAGAGGACAUUCAGCUACACACACACCUAAACUAGCUCUGACUUCUCUGAAUGUGAAUAUUUAUUACCUGUGCACUGACCACGACACCUCAGAUGCUCCCUGUUGGCUACAUGUGUGCUUGGUGUGUGUAUGUGAGUGUGUGCGUGUUCAUUGGUUUUAAAUGUUCAUUUCUGUUAAGGGGAUGUGGUUGGGUGAAACUUAAAAAAAAAGCAGAAAAAAGAAGGACGAGAACCUAUGGCCCUCCGUCUGUGUUCCAACUGACGAGGAAAGAGAGGUCCGAGAACCUUUGAAAAAAAUGGGAGCAGAAUAAAAGAGCAAAAGAAAGAGAAUUUAAAACAUUAACACAGCUGAGUAAUAGAUUCAAACCUGUACAUAAGAUGUUAAAAAAAUAAGGUGGUCGCGAUACUUUUUGUAUUUUUGGAGAAAAAAGCAUGAAAAUCAGAAUGGGAACAAGCCGUUGAGAGAGGAAAGAUUGAGCCAAGUCACUGAAGGACACUGCCAGAUAACUCACAGUCUUUAUAUACCUGCACUGGGCGACAUACACCGCCACACCUCAUCGGCUACCCCACCAGCUCGCCAUCAAAACAGGGAGAGUCUAUUCUACCGUGUCUAUGCUUCCAUUUUUGUCCAGAGGCGGCAACUUCACAGCUCAACAGGGUUGUUGUUCUUGUGCCAAGUUUCCACCUCUUUCCAAAACCAUAGAGCUCUGUUCACAAACCACCAAGACACGCUAUUUAGGAUUCAUUGUUCAGCCUGCAGCCAUUCGGAUUGCUUAGGAUUAUUUCUUUUUAUUUUAUUUUGUUUUUGUUUUAGUUUUUUGACAAUACAGCAAGCUUUAUUGGACGUGACAUCUGGGGACGUACUGUUGCACUAAUUGAUGAAAAAAAUGUCGACAACGUCACACUGAAAAAGGACUGAGAACCUCGUGUAACACCUGAUGCAAUUCUUUUUAAAGAAAAAGGUGGAGAGUGAAGAAGAGGAGAAGGAAGGAUGAGAGGAGGGAGGGAGGUCAGGUGUCAUCUACAGCUGAAAUCCACUUUCUGACUGUCCCCUCCCUCUGUCCUUCCCCAAACGAUUGAUUAUUUCUCCUUCGGUUCUCUGGGAGAAGAGUGAGAUGUUUUUAUUUCCUUUUUACUUAAAAAAAAAAAAGAAGAAUCAUUUCAUUUUUGGGGCGGGUGGGAACGUCAGGGUCCCUCGCCCUCUCUUGCGCUGGUCUCCAUCGUGUUCGUUUUGCUCACUUCUGUUCAAGACCUUUUGAUUUCUUUAAUUUUUUUUCACUAUAACCACCUUUUUUUUUUUUUUUUACACUAUCAAUGUUCUGACUCUCUACUUGGAAAAAUAGUUGAAUUUGAUGAUAUGUUCUUUUGUUUUUGAAUUCACAAAUCUAACAAUACAGCUACUAAAUACAAGAAGUACUAACAUGUAGCUCAGAACAUGACAGUAACUGUGCCAAACACACAGGAAGAGGCUCAGUUCAAAGUGCAGUAUAGAACCGUCAGUUAAACUGAAAUACUUAAGAUAACUUGAGAAGUAUUUCAGAGCAACAAUGAUUCAACUGGUGAUAUAUCUGGACUUGGAACUGACCUCUUCUCCUCUUGUUUUUGUAUGUACAGUAGAGACGAUACAUUUUAGGGUCGUGGUGUCUCCAUGACAACAAAGUGAGACACCAGAAAGGAACGGCUCACACUAAUCUCAGCCUGCGUCCUGACCAGGACAAAGAGUGUUCCUUUCUGCUGCCCAGGAGAUCCGAACUGGAUUAUUUCUGGACCCAAAAGUGAACCCUCUGUCCUUUUAUUAUACACGUCGAUUGAUAUAUUGAGAAGUCGUAUCAGCUGGAACAGAGUUUGGCAGUGUGAGGUGCCACAAACUUAAAUUUAGCAUAAAAACUUGCGUGUUUUAGUUGUAUCAAGCUUAUUCCAAGACUGGACCACCAGUGCACAUUUUAGCCCAUAUACUAUACAUCGUUAUGUCACAUUACUGUUGACCAUUUUCUAAAAGAUACAAUAUUUCAUUUUAAGAUUCGCGAAUCUUAAGCAUAUGAAACGUGCUCCACAGUGAACAUGGCAGGAUUACAGUUUUAGGUGCCUCUGGGCAUUAAGCUGCUGUUGGGGCCCCUCAGGACACCAAACACCUGCCAUAGAUGAUAUUAUACGUUCUGCAUAUACAGGUGCAUCUCAAUAAAUUAGAAUAUCAUAGAAAAGAUGUCAGUGAUUCAAUCCAAAAAGUGGAAAUAGCACAUUAUAUCGAUCCAUCACACAGAAUGAAACAUUUCAUGUCAUGUAAUUUAUUUAAUUUCUUCUAAUUAUAAUGAUUAUGGCUUACAUUUAAUGAAGACCUACAAUAAAGUGUCUCAAAAAAUUGGAAUAUUACAAAAGACCAAUUUUAAAAAAUAUGUUUAAUAUGGAAAUGUUGGCCUCUGAAAGUAUGUCCAUCUGUGUGCACUCAAUACUUGGUUGAGGCUAUUUGACUUGAACUACUGGAAAUUGACUUUCCCAUGAUAUUCUUAUGUAUUGAGAUGCACCUGUACAUUUACAAUUGAAGGUACCAUAUUGUCAGCCUCGUAGCAUAA